UGUGUUAAGAUGAUCAUUAAAGUGCUUGAUACAGAGUAACCAACAUCUAACUGAGGUCUAUGUGAAUUCUUUCACAGUCGGAAUAUCCUGGAAACACCCGUAAAAUCUGGCGAUCCUGCCAGGACAUUGCUGACGUAAAGAUGACCAUGGACCUCCAAGCAUUAGAAAGGGAAGUUAAAGACUGCCUAUAUAAGUUAACUCUGCCUCAACUGAAAGAGGUAGCUGGAGAAAUUAAGCAAGAUGCCGGAAUUGCCAAUAAACCAAUCCGUGCAGUACUUAAACACAUUUUAAGGUACUUGGAGAGUGAAGAGGUGGAGGCUCUUGAGGAUGGUGGUAAAAGCAUCCUGCUGGUGGUGAAGGCAAAAAUUCAAGAGUUUAUGGCAUCUCCAACAAGUUCAACUGAAACCACACAAUCACUGCCGUCAUCCCUUGAGAUGUUUAAAAGGGAAUUGAAAAUAAAGGGACAGAUUGGGUCUCCGGGACAGACUGACAAACUGUCCUACUUAAGCGUUAUGAGACAGAUAGAAGAUGGUCUCACCCGUGGUUACAACCGUAGUGCCAUCUUAAAUUCUGUAACUAUGGCUGUAACAAGUGGAACUCCACUCCGAGGCUAUCUAGAAAGUCGGCCGGAAAUGAGCCUAGUUCAGCUCAGACAAGUCUUGCGUUCCCAUUUUAAAGAAGGUGAUGGACUGGACUCCUACUAA